AGCGUAUUUACCAUAGUUCGAUUAACCAAAAAACAUCAUCGCGGAUUUCAUUUAUAUCCAAAGUUGAAUUAUGUCUUUCUUUGCUGCAUUCGUUCAAGUCAAUUGAAACGAACCCUGACAUAAAUAUUUUAAUAAAAAUAAAAAUGGCUGGUAAUUUUGGUGAAGAUGAAAUUGGUAAAAAAUGGGAUCGAUGUUUUGCUGAUGCUGUCAUUAAACUUGGUGGUGGUAUAGUUAUUGGAUCCGUUUUUUCACUAUUAUUUUUUAGGAGAAAAUGGCCCAUCAUAACUGGUGCUGGUUUUGGAUUGGGUAUGGCAUAUUCAAAUUGUGAGCAAGAUUUAAAUUCUAUGUUACAUUAUAAACCUAAAAAUCACAAAUGUGACCACUGUACAUGAGAUUUUAUUUAAAUGAUAAGUAAAAUAAUUAUGUCAGCGAUCUUAGAAAUAAAUAUCUAUUAAAUAUUAUUCUCCGUUAAAAUAGUGUGUUGAAUAAUACACAUUAUUCACGUUGUAACAUUUUGGAGCAGUAUGAGUAUUUGUUUCUGUUAAUAAUAAAGUGUAUUUAAUUAAUUUA